CUUUUGGUCGGAAGUCGGCCACCAGGGGGCGGGGCUGUUUCCUGAUUAAUGCCGAGCCACCCACCUGCGUCUACACUGCGCCCAAGGGGAACAAACGCGCGAUAAGGAGCAGCCGGAAGACCUGAAUUGAACAGGCUUUGCAAGGAGGGAUGUUGGAGGAGCCGGACCCCCGGCAUGAGCUUUGGGACGAAGACGAGGAAGAGUCGGAGGAAGAAGAGACGCCAAAUUGCAAUGGGGUCGGGUUCCCACCCUGGAUGCCGGACUUGAAGCCCACCUUCGGGACCCCCCAUUGUCCCACCGCACAGGUGACCGGUUGGUGCCCUUCGCGGACACUCUCCCACCCGUCCUUCCAAGCCUUGUACUCGGCCCGCGACCGGGAUGGAUCGGGGCCCCUACCAGGACCUCUCCCGGUCCUCGACUUCGGCGGAUUCUUCUAUUCGGACCCCACGAUGCCCCCAGGACACCGGAUUUACAACUGGCUCUCCAGACCCUCCCAGGAGGUUUUCCUCAACCUGAGGCUCAACACCCCACCGCCCAUCAUGUCAACCUGCGCGUCAGCGCCUCCUCAUCCGCUCAACCGCAGUCUCUCCGAAAUGGAGCAGAAGGCCGUUUCCGCCCUCCUGGACCUCCCGGCCAGCUUGACCUGCGCUCUGGACACUGGUCAGCCCCUUCCUGGCCCAGAGGACGCAAGGAAGUAGCCGCUCGAGUUGUUCCUGUUGAACACACAAGUUGUGAGCGUGCAAGUUGAUGAAAGACACCACUCAAUCUUUGGGGUGGUGUGGCCCCAGCCUUGGGGUGGAGUUGCCAAAGUUCACCAAAGUUUGCCUCUGUUUCUCCAUGUUUGUUUCCCCCUUCUGCUUCUUUUUGCUGGGGUGUUCCGGCAAAGGUGUGCCCUGACAGUUGUGAAAAGGUUAUUUCUUUUAGAGGGGGCAGAGCGCCCCACAUCUGUAUGCUAUGCAUUAUAUUAUCGAAGUCUGCAGUCUUUUGUUAGCCCUCUCGUGGGCAACCAAAUGCCAAGCCUAUGCUUUGGUUAGGAAGGCCUGCCACCGAGUGGACAAAGCAGGUAUUGCAAACCUUUGCCUAUACUUUCAGUUGGGAAGCCUCCCAUCUAGUGGCAGAAGGGAGUAUUGCAAAUGCCCAGCCUAUACUUUGGUUAGGAAAGCCUGCCCCCAAGUGGACAAAGGAGAUAUUGCAAACCUUUGCCUAUAUUUUGCAUUGGGAAGCCUCCCAUCUAGUGGCAGAAGGGAGUACUGCAAAUGCCCAGCCUAUACUUUGGUUUAAAAAGCCUGCCACCAAAUGGCAAGAGUAGAUAUUGCAAACCUUUGCCUAUACUUUCAGUUGGGAAGCCUCCCAUCUAGUGGCGGAAGUGAGUAUUGCAAAUGCCCAGCCUAUACUUUGGUUUAAAAAGCCUACCCCCAAGUGGCCAAAGGAGAUAAUUGCAAACCUUGGCCUAUACUUUGCAUUGGGAAGCCUCCCAUCUAGUGGCAGAAGGGAGUACUGCAAAUGCCCAGCCUAUACUUUGGUUUAAAAAGCCUACCCCCAAGUGGCCAAAGGAGAUAAUUGCAAACCUUUGCCUAUACUUUGUAUUGGGAAGCCUCCCAUCUAGUGGCGGAAGGGAGUAUUACAAAUGCCCAGCCUAUACUUUGGUUAAGAAAGCCUGCCCCUGCGUGGUCAAAGGAGAUAAUUGCAAAUUUUUGCCUAUACUUUGAGUUGGGAAGCCUCCCAUCUAGUGGCGGAAGGGAGUACUGCAAAUGCCCAACCUAUACUUUGAUUAGGAAAGCCUGCCCCCGAGUGGCCAAAGGAGAUAUCGCAAACCUUUGCCUAUACUUUGCAUUGGGAGGCCUCCCAUCUAAAAAGCCUGCCACCAAAUGGCAAGAGUAGAUAUUGCAAAUCUUUGCCUAUACUUUCAGUUGGGAAGCCUCCCAUCUAGUGGCGGAAGGGAGUAUUGCAAAUGCCCAGCCUAUACUUUGGUUUAAAAAGCCUGCCACCGAAUGGCCAGAGGAGGUAUUGCAAACCUUGGCCUAUACUUUGCAUUGGGAAGCCUCCCAUCUAGCGGCGGAAGGGAGUAUUGCAAAUGCCCAGCCUAUACUUUGAUUUAAAAAGCCUGCCACCGAGUGGACAAAGCAGGUAUUGCAAACCUUUGCCUAUACUUUGAGUAGGGAAGUCUCCCAUCUAGUGGCGGAAGGCAGUAUUGCAAAUGCCCAGCCUAUACUUUGGUUUAAAAAGCUUGCCACCGAAUGGCCAGAGGAGGCAUUGCAAACCUUUGCCUAUACUUUGAGUAGGGAAAUCUCCCAUCUAGUGGCGGAAGGGAGCAUUGCAAAAUGCUCAGUCUAUACUUUGGUUAGGAAAGCCUGCCCCCAAGUGGCCAAAGGAGAUAUUGCAAACCUUAUCCUAUACUUUGCAUUGGAAAGCCUCCCAUCUAGUGGCGGAAGGAAGAAUUGCAAGUGCCCAGCCUAUACUUUGGAUAGGAAAGCUUGCCCCCAAGUGGCCAAUGGAGAUAAUUGCAAACCUUUGCCUAUUCUUUGAGUUGGGAAGCCUCCCAUCUAGUGGCGGAAGAGAGUAUUGCAAAUGCCCAGCCUAUACUUUGAUUUAAAAAGCCUGCCCCCAAGUGGCCAGAGGAGGUAUUGCAAACCUUAUCCUAUACUUUGCAUUGGGAAGCCUCCCAUCUAGUGGCGGAAGGGAGUAUUGCAAGUGCCCAGCCUAUACUUUGGAUAGGGAAGCUUGCCCCCAAGUGGCCAAUGGAGAUAAUUGCAAACCUUUGCCUAUUCUUUGAGUUGGGAAGCCUCCCAUCUAAUGGCGGAAGGGAGUAUUGCAAAUGCCCAGCCUAUACUUUGGAUAGGGAAGCUUGCCCCCGAGUGGCCAAUGGAGAUAAUUGCAAACCUUUGCCUAUUCUUUGAGUUGGGAAGCCUCCCAUCUAAUGGCGGAAGAGAGUAUUGCAAAUGCCUGGUCUAUACUUUGGUUUAAAAAGCCUGCCACCGAAUGGCAAGAGGAGGUAUUGCAAACCUUUGCCUAUACUUUGCAUUGAUAAGCCUCCCAUCUAGUGGCGGAAGUGAGUAUUGCAAAUGCCCAGCCUAUACUUUAGUUUAACAAGCCUGCCACCGAAUGGCCAGAGGAGGCAUUGCAAACCUUUGCCUAUACUUUGAGUUGGGAAGCCUCCCAUCUAGUGGCGGAAGUGAGUAUUGCAAAUGCCCAGCCUAUACUUUGGAUAGGAAAGCCUGCCCCCGAGUGGCCAAAGGAGAUAAUUGCAAACAUUUGCCUAUACUUUGAGUUGGGAAGCCUCCCAUCUAGUGGCGGAAGAGAGUAUUGCAAAUGCCCAGCCUAUACUUUGGAUAAGAAAGCCUGCCCCCGAGUGGCCAAAGGAGAUAAUUGCAAACCUUUGCCUAUACUUUGAGUUGGGAAGCCUCCCAUCUAGUGGCGGAAGAGAGUAUUGCAAAUGCCCAGCCUAUACUUUGAUUUAAAAAGCCUGCCCCCAAGUGGCCAGAGGAGGUAUUGCAAACCUUAUCCUAUACUUUGCAUUGGGAAGCCUCCCAUCUAGUGGCGGAAGGGAGUAUUGCAAGUGCCCAGCCUAUACUUUGGAUAGGGAAGCUUGCCCCCAAGUGGCCAAUGGAGAUAAUUGCAAACCUUUGCCUAUUCUUUGAGUUGGGAAGCCUCCCAUCUAAUGGCGGAAGGGAGUAUUGCAAAUGCCCAGCCUAUACUUUGGAUAGGGAAGCUUGCCCCCGAGUGGCCAAUGGAGAUAAUUGCAAACCUUUGCCUAUUCUUUGAGUUGGGAAGCCUCCCAUCUAAUGGCGGAAGAGAGUAUUGCAAAUGCCUGGUCUAUACUUUGGUUUAAAAAGCCUGCCACCGAAUGGCAAGAGGAGGUAUUGCAAACCUUUGCCUAUACUUUGCAUUGAUAAGCCUCCCAUCUAGUGGCGGAAGUGAGUAUUGCAAAUGCCCAGCCUAUACUUUAGUUUAACAAGCCUGCCACCGAAUGGCCAGAGGAGGCAUUGCAAACCUUUGCCUAUACUUUGAGUUGGGAAGCCUCCCAUCUAGUGGCGGAAGUGAGUAUUGCAAAUGCCCAGCCUAUACUUUGGAUAGGAAAGCCUGCCCCCGAGUGGCCAAAGGAGAUAAUUGCAAACAUUUGCCUAUACUUUGAGUUGGGAAGCCUCCCAUCUAGUGGCGGAAGAGAGUAUUGCAAAUGCCCGGUCUAUACUUUGAUUUAAAAAGCCUGCCACUGAAUGGCAAGAGGAGGUAUUGCAAACCUUUGCCUAUACUUUGCAUUGGGAAGCCUCCCAUCUAGUGGCGGAAGGGAGUAUUGCACUUUGAGCAAGUUUGUGUUCAUUUUAUAUUUGUUUAUUGUUUUGUUCUCCAACCGUUUGUGAAGCCAACGUCUCUCCUUUGGGGAGGAAACAAGAAUAAAGUUCGUCGGAUGGGG